UUUUCCUCUGUGUGCUGUGCAGAACAACAGCAGUGCUUGCACGAGAAAGACCCGUUUUCGGCUCGGUGCACCAGUGAUCAGAAAAACGAGUUUGAGGUUGUGUUUCAGCAGCUACACUGCGGUGUCUCUUGUGUCUUGAAUCAAGAAAAAUCUGUGAACGAAAAUGGCUCUCCACGUCCCGAAAGCACCCGGUUUCGCUUCCAUGCUCAAGGAAGGCGCUCGCGCUUAUUCCGGGCUAGAGGAGGCAGUGUACCGUAACAUCAACGCCUGCAAGGAAUUUGCCAGUUCGGUGCGCUCGGCUUACGGUCCGAAUGGAAUGAACAAGAUGAUCAUCAACCACAUCGAGAAGCAGUUUGUCACUUCCGAUGCGGGUACGAUUAUGCGCGAGCUGGAUGUGGAACAUCCGGCGGCCAAGUUGAUGAUUCAAGCGAGCCAGAUGCAGGAGGCGGAGGUCGGCGAUGGCACAAACUUUGUGGUGGUUCUGUGUGGAGCGUUGUUGGAGGUGGCCGAGGAGCUGCUGCGGCUGGGAGUAACCACCAGUGAUAUUACCGAGGGGUACGAGAAGGCGCUGGACAAGGCACUGGAGAUUCUGCCGAAGCUGGUGUGUCACGAAGUGAAGGAUUAUCGCAAUCAGGAACUGGUCAAGGAAGCGAUCAAAGCCUCGAUCAUGUCCAAGCAGCUGGGAAAUGAGGAAUUCAUCUCGGAACUGAUCACGAAGGCUUGUGUGUCGAUCCUGCCGGAGAAGACCACGUUCAAUGUGGACAACAUCCGGGUGUGCAAGAUUCUUGGCAGUGGACUGCACACGUCCGAAGUAAUUCAUGGCAUGGUAUUCAAGAGGUUCGUCGAGGGAGAAAUCUCAUCGGCCAAGGAUGCCAAGAUUGCUUUGUUCUCCUGCCCGGUGGAUAUCAUUCAGACGGAAACCAAGGGAACCGUGUUGAUCAAGAGCGCCGAUGAGCUAAAGAGUUUCAGCAAGGGAGAGGAAAACUUGUUGGAGUCACAGAUCAAGGCCAUUGCCGACACCGGAGCAAAGGUGGUUGUUGCCGGGGGAAAGUUCGGCGACAUGGCGUUGCACUAUAUGAACAAGUACGGUUUGAUGGCAGUUCGUUUGAACUCCAAAUUCGACCUCCGUCGAUUGAGCAAGGCCGUCAAUGGAACUGUCCUGCCCCGUUUGACCCCUCCCAGUGCGGAGGAACUUGGCUACUGCGACAACGUGUUCGUUAACGAACUCGGAGACACCUCGGUUUGCAUCUUCCGGUCGGAGGGAUCAGACAGCCGUAUUGCUACCAUCGUUAUCCGAGGCUCCACCGAUAACUACAUGGACGAUAUCGAACGCGCCAUCGACGACGGAGUCAACACGUUCAAGGGUCUUACCCGUGAUGGGCGCUUCCUGCCGGGAGCUGGAGCCGUUGAAAUCGAAUUGGCCCGCCAAUUGGCAGAAUACGCCGACACCCUCCCCGGCCUCGAUCAAUACGCCGUCCGAAAGUUCGCCGUCGCCCUGGAAGCAUUCCCCAAAGCCCUCGCAGAAAACAGCGGCAUCAACGCAACGGAAAUCGUGAACAAGCUCUACCUGGCCCACAAGGAAGGCAAGCUGAACGAAGGAUUCGACAUCGAUGCCGAGCAACCGGCCACAGUCGAUGUGACCAGCACGAAAAUCUACGACCUGUUCCAGACCAAGUACUGGGGCCUGAAAUACGCCGUCGGAGCUGCCUGCACGAUCCUCAAGGUGGACCAGAUCAUCAUGGCGAAACGGGCCGGUGGACCAAAACCGCGAGCCGGCGCGGCCAAUAGCGACGACGAAUCGUAAGAUGCUUCCUCGUUUGGCCCUUCUUCUUAUCAUAUUCUCUAUAAACUUUAAUUAUUACCUAUAUAACUUCAUUAACCGCCCCUUUAACAGUGUUGUGUGAGCAUCAAGAACAACCACCACCACAUCUCAUCGUAAGUUUGCGCAUUUUUAGAAGUAGCUUGGAAACUUACCCACUUUUCUGGUCGUACACCUUUGCUGGUUUUGUAAGCUUUUUUGCUGUUGCGGCUGGCAACCAUUAAGUCGUAGGUACACAUAAUACACAUUUCGUUCCCGGAGGAUGAAAACCAUCACUUGAUACUA